AUGCCGUUCGGAUUGAAGAACGCAGAUAUAGAGGAAACCUUCGGGACGCUGAGGGCAUACAGAGUCAAACUAAAUCCCCAGAAGUGUCUGUUCGGAGCAAAAAGUGGGCGCUUCUUGGGGUACAUCGUGACUGAGCGGGGCAUAGAGGCAAAUCCUAGUAAAGUGAAAGCGCUGCAAGACAUGCCGCCUCCCAGAAUUCUGAAGGAAGCUCAACGCCUUACGGGACAAAUAACUACGCUGUCCAGAUUCAUCUCGAAGACCGCCGACCGGAGCUUGCCCUUUUUUAAGAUUCUGCGCCGAGCCACUAAGUUCCAAUGGGACGCAGAGUGCGACAAAGCCUUCGAAGAGCUCAAAGAUGCUGAGUCCUGCUACACUGGUUUCGAGAAGUUAGCCUUUGCGUUGGUACUCGCCGCUCGAAGGCUCCGCCCUUAUUUUCUGGCGCACCCGAUCAUUGUGAUGACGAACAACCCCCUGGGGAGGGUCCUUCUCAAUCCAGAGGCGUCCGGUUGGCUAAUCAAAUGGACCACAGAACUUAGCGAGUUUGACAUAUGGUAUCAGCCCCGGACAACCAUCAAGGCACAGUCGCUAGCAGACUUUGUCACUGAGGUACAAGAUCCCAAGGCCGAAGCCACCUGGCAGGUGUACGUGGACGGAUCACCCAGUCGGCAAGGAAGUGGGAUCGGUGUGCUGUUGAUCUCUCCCCACGGUGAACGGAUGCAUUUGUCCGUACGGCUGGAUUAUCGAGUGACCAAUAAUGAAGCAGAGUAUGAGGCGUUGAUAGCGGGCCUGCAGGCCGCUCGGCAUGUGGGAGCCAGUAAGGUCUUGAUUUAUUCAGAUUCGCAGUUGGCUGCUCAGCAACUUUCGGGAGCUUUCGAGAUAACCAGCGUUAGACUCAAGCUCUAUGCGGAGGCCUUCGAAAAACUGAAGGCCAGUUUUCGAGAGGUGCUCAUCCAGAAGAUCCCCCGAGCGGAGAAUCAGGUUGCGGAUGAGUUGGCUAAGCUAGCCAGCUUGAUAUCACCGAUCGCCAUCCAGCAGCCAAUCAAGCAGGUAUCUCUGGUCGCCCACAUCGACUGGAUGGAGGGGCUCACAUUUCCAAAUGACUGGCGGAUGACUAUAACAGAAGCGCAUCGACUGGAUGGAGGGGCAACACCUUCCGAUCGGUUGGAAGCGCAUCUGCUUAGAAGGAGAGCUGGUCGGUUCGUCCUCAUUGGCGAUCAGCUCUACAAAAGAGCGUUCUCCAGGCCUCUGCUUAAAUGUGUUGGCCCGGAGGAUGUGGACUAUAUUCUGCAAGAGGUACACCAAGGCUCAUGCGGCGGGCAUCCGGGCGGCCGCUCGUUGGCGAGAAAGAUUCUUUUGGCCGGCUACUUUUGGCCAACUUUACAGGAGGACACCGCCCGGACAGUCAUCACGUGCUUAUCUUUCCAAAAGUACCACAAUUUCUCACAUCGUCCUGCGGAGUAA